CCCAAUUCAAGAUUGUUUUUCACGAGUGAGGAGUGACCCGAGUGAGUGUGUGCUCAAAAUUGCUUCUCUACUCCCUUCCAGACGUUUCUUUUUCCUCAAAAUUGCUUCUCCACAAUCACACCUUCUUCUUGUCUUCAUACAGAGGCUUCUAACGAAUCGAAACGCUCAGAAUACCAGUACCUCAUUUGGGGAUUUCAGCGAAUUCUUGGCCUAAGUCGGAUUCUCAAACUCUAUUCAACAUCAGGUAAACGACACAAAAGAAUCGAGGAAAACCAAUGGCGCUAGUUUCGACAACAGGAAACGAUGCCGCUGUGUUCAGCGAAGUUGACAUGAGCUCUUCCGAUUCUUCAUCCACCGUUCGAGCAACUGUUAUCCAGGCCUCCACCAUCUUCUAUGAUACCCCUGCUACCCUCGAUAAAGCCGAAAGACUAUUAUCCGAAGCCGCAUCAUAUGGGUCCCAGUUAGUUGUCUUUCCGGAAGCAUUCAUAGGCGGAUACCCUCGAGGCUCAAAUUUUGGGGUCACAAUUGGAAACCGAACACUUAAGGGAAAAGAAGAUUUUCGCAAAUAUCAUGCUUCAGCCAUUAAUGUGCCUGGUCCGGAAGUUGAUCGAUUGGGGGCAAUGGCGGGGAAGUAUAAAGUGUUUUUGGUGAUGGGGGUUAUAGAAAAAGACGGAUAUACCCUUUAUUGUACGGUUUUGUUUUUUGAUAAUCAAGGAGGUUAUCUUGGGAAGCAUAGGAAGUUGAUGCCAACGGCUUUGGAGAGGAUAAUUUGGGGAUUUGGCGAUGGGUCAACUGUGCCUGUUUUUGAUACUCAAAUUGGGAAAAUUGGUGCGGCUAUUUGUUGGGAGAAUAAAAUGCCAUUGUUAAGGACUGCGAUGUAUGCUAAAGGAAUUGAGAUAUACUGUGCACCAACAGCUGAUUCAAGGGAAAUUUGGCAAGCAUCAAUGACACAUAUUGCAUUAGAAGGGGGGUGUUUUGUUUUAUCUGCAAAUCAAUUUUGUAGAAGAAAAGAUUAUCCUCCUCCUCCAGAAUAUGUUUUUACUGGAACAGAAGAAGAUCUUACACCAGAAUCGGUUGUUUGUGCUGGUGGAAGUGUUAUAAUUUCACCAUCAGGAACUGUUCUUGCGGGACCCAAUUAUGAUGGGGAAGCACUUAUUACAGCUGAUUUAGAUCUUGGAGAAAUUGUGCGUGCAAAGUUUGAUUUUGAUGUGGUUGGACAUUACGCAAGACCCGAAGUUCUUAGCUUGAUUGUAAAGGAUGAUCCUGCAACACCCGUGUCUUUCACAUCUGAAAAGACCGAAGGCUCUCAAAAAUAAUCGUCGCAUUUGCAAAAUUUAUGUUUUCUUAACAUUAUGUAAUUUGAUUGCUACUUUUGUUUUCUUGAAUCUAGCCAUGUUGAAUUGUGUAUAGUUAGCUGCGUUUGUUGUACAUGAUGAAUUUAUUAUUCAUCAACCUGCGGAUCUGCCCUUGAUUUUCUUUGAAUAAAUUAAUUAAACUUCUGA